CAAAAUAUAGCUAAAAUAAACAAAAAAUAAAACACAGUAAAAUGUCCCAUAAAAAGACAAAAAUAGACGAAGAGGUCAAUCAGGAUGGUAUUAGGGAAGUCCUAUCAGACUCAGACCCUUGGAUGAUUCCCUUUCCCUUGCCGGAGCACAAAGACCCGUCGAUGUGCCGAGACGAGUUCCUCAGCUCCUUUAUAAGGAAGCACGAAGCCAGGGCGGAGUCCCUAAGGCCCAGAUCGACAGUCCGCGUCGCUUCGAUUCCUGGAGUUCUGGAGGCCACGGAUCCUGGGAACCCAAAAGGGGCCGAGGCCAUGGUAGUGCUGCAGCUGGCCAAGCAACGCCAGGCAGGGACGACGAGGAAGACGGUCGAGGAAGUCAUGGCUAGCAUUCGAAUGAGAUCGACCCUAUUGGCCGAACUGAACUACCAAUGCCAGAAGGCGGCCAUCGAGUUCCUAUCGGUGCGUCUGCUGAAGCAAUUGCGCCUCUUUUCGAAUCCCUGGCCGGGAGAACGGGAGGGGGUGCCCCACAACUUGUUCAGUUGGUCGUUGAAUGACUUCCUGAUGCGCCUGCAGAUGAAGCAGAUCUACCUCGACGUCCUCCAUCGGGAGCGAAGUUCCGAGGAUCUCGACUGCGCAAAGUUCUGCAGGGAUCUUAGCGAAAUCGAACUCCUAAUAUACGAAAUCCGACAGAAUUACCGCGACGAUAAAGAUCUCUGCCAAAACAGCAUCCAAUUGUUAAGGAAUGCACAGUACACCAUACAUGCGCCAUGGGUCAAGACCCUCAAGUGGAAUCUUCAAGGCAUGGAAGACCACACAAGAGGAGUAUCGACUUUUCAACGAUCUAGCGCCUUUAAGAUGGAUUUUCGUCACAGAUCCGUAAUGGGUGACUUCGAGAAUGCAUCAGCUUUGGAUCCCAUCGAGAUGCGUUAUCAAAUCAACUGGAUAAGGAGCUCUACGGAUCAGCGUUUGCUACGCUUGAAUGGAAAAGAGGAGUCGAUGAGGGACGAACUGAGGGAAAUGGAAGAACAAGCUUUGCAGGACGAAUCUGUGCAGCAUUCAUGCGAGCUUAUGUACUCGUUGGAGUUGGGAAAGCUUAGAGAAAGCAUUAAGAUGUGGCAGGAUCGACUUGACACCGAUCUGGAGAACGCCGACGUACUUUGCACCGUAACAAAGCUCGCUGUGCAAAAGGUAAACGACGAUCUGAAGUUCUACAUGGAACAGAAGGAAAUGUAUCUAACGAGAUUGGACGAGGUGCAAGCUCUCAUAGCCCAGGAGGAGGUCUACAAGGAAAUCUGA